GCCGUUUUGUCAUUGUGUGGCAUUGGCAUGACAUGGUCAUUUCAUUUACCUGAAUGAGGAAACAGAAAGACAAUUAAAAGAGAAUAAUAUAUAUCAGACGACGGAGCUAAACGGAGAAGAAAAGGAAAACGAUGCAGUGGUAUUUGGUUGCCGCGCUUCUCACCAUCCUCACUAGCUCUCAGGGAAUUUUGACAACUCUAUCUCAAAGUAAUGGAAGGUAUUUGUACGACUAUGCAACUGUGCCAUUUCUUGCUGAAAUUUUCAAGCUAGUGGUUUCUGGGUUGCUGCUUUGGAGAGAGCACCGGACAUCCACGUCUGUGAGGAUGACGACAGAAUGGAAGAGUGUGCGCUUAUAUCCAAUUCCAUCAAUCAUAUAUCUAAUUCAUAACAAUGUUCAGUUUGCUACACUGACUUAUGUGGACACAUCUACAUAUCAGAUAAUGGGAAAUUUGAAGAUUUUUACCACCGGCAUAUUAUUCAGGUUAUUCCUGAGGAGGAAACUGUCUAAUCUGCAAUGGAUGGCAAUUGUUUUAUUAGCUGUUGGAACAACUACGAGCCAGGUUAAAGGCUGUGGAGAGGCUUCAUGUGAUUCCCUAUUUUCAGCUCCAAUCCAAGGUUAUAUGCUGGGUAUCCUGUCUGCUUGUCUAUCUGCAUUGGCAGGUGUAUACACAGAGUUUCUGAUGAAGAAGAACAAUGACAGCUUGUACUGGCAAAAUGUACAAUUGUAUGCAUUUGGCGUUAUAUUUAAUAUGGCAAAGCUUAUCCUAGAUGAUUUUAGAGGUGGAUUUGAGAAGGGGCCAUGGUGGCAACACCUUCUCAAUGGUUAUAGUACUACUACAUGGAUGGUGGUUUUGAAUCUUGGAUCCACUGGCUUGCUGGUAUCAUGGUUGAUGAAGUAUGCUGACAAUAUUGUGAAGGUAUAUUCCACAUCAAUGGCAAUGUUGCUGACGAUGGUUUUAUCUGUAUACCUUUUUAGCUUCAAGCCUACAUUGCAGCUUUUCUUGGGUAUCAUCAUCUGUAUGAUGUCACUGCAGAUGUAUUUUGCCCCUCCAACCAUGCUUGUGGAUUUGCCUACAGUGGUCAAAGCUCCACCUGAAAGCCUAAAAGAAGUUUCUAUUGAUCGGCGAACAGAUUCCUAAUGUUUAACAUAUCUAGAUGCUCAUGGUUUUGCCAGGUGCUCCCUGAAAGUUGCACUGCAAGUUGUUUGAAGUGAUAAAGACGCAACAAACUAGAUGUUAUAAAAGAGGUUCUUUACUCGUUCGCCCAGAUAUCUCCUUGGAUAGAUUUUGGGACCAAUUUUAGAAACAUCAGAUUCUUUUAUGUUACAAGCAAAUGCUGUUCCAGGGUGAGACGUUGGUGUUAGUUAUAGAAGCAAAAACUUGGUGAUUCUUUUCUAUUAUGUAGUUUAAGAGACGAGAUUGUUCUUCAAAAACUUUCUUUUUGAAAUUUUCUGGAAUGUACUUUGUGACACAAAAAGAAAGCUUGUGCAGAAACAUUAAUUAUGAAUUGAAUUGAUUUAUCU